CUGGAGAAAGAGCAGCCGUCAACCAAACCAUGUUCCCUGCAAUGGAGGCCUUUGAAAUCAAUGAUCCAAAGCCCAAGAAGAGAAAGGGGGUGAACUGCUUCAUGGUCAUGGUGGCCAUCUACCUGAUUCUGCUCACCGCAGGUGCUGGGUUGCUGGUGGUGAAAGUUCUGAAUCUGCAGGAGCGGCUCUGGGCCCUAGAGACUCACUUCACCAAUGGAACACUGGCCGCCGAGGAUGGCCUGUCCUUCUCUUUGCUCCAGUCAAUGCCCAAACCACACCUCCCUGGGGGCACACUGGGGCUGCAGGUCCUGCAGGCCCAGAUCACUCAGGUUCGCACCAGGCAGGAGCACCUGUUACGGAAGGUGGACAACUUCACUCGGAGCCCAGAGCUGUUCCGGGUCAAAGGGGAACGAGGCGCUCCAGGCCCCCCAGGACUCCAGGGCCCGCCUGGAAUCAAGGGAGACGCAGGACUCCAAGGACCCAACGGUGCUCCAGGGAAACAGGGAGCCCCUGGCACCCCAGGACAGCAGGGAGAGAAGGGGAGCAAAGGCGAUGGGGGUCUCAUUGGCCUGAAAGGGGAACCUGGAGCUAAGGGCGACAAAGGAGACCUGGGUCUCCCAGGAAGCAAAGGGGACAUGGGCAUGAAAGGUGACACAGGGGUCAUGGGUCCCCCCGGAGCCCAGGGCAGUAAAGGUGACUCAGGGAAGCCAGGCCCCCCAGGUGUGGCUGGAUCUCCUGGAAUGAAAGGAGAUCAAGGACAACCUGGAGCGAAGGGUCCUCCUGGCUCUCCGGGCGUGGCAGGAUCCGCUGGGGCCAAGGGGGAGCCUGGCAGUGCUGGCUCCCCGGGACUAGCAGGACCAGCAGGGAGACCCGGGAGUCCCGGAGCCAACGGCGUGAAAGGAAGCAAGGGGGACCCAGGACUUCAAGGACAGAAAGGAACAAAAGGAGAAUCAGGAGCUCCAGGUCCUGCGGGCACGAAGGGACAAAUGGGAAACCCGGGCCUGGUAGGUCUCAAGGGUCCAGCUGGACUGAAAGGCCAAAAGGGAGAGCCUGGGGCAAAAGGAUCUUCUGGAACGCAGGGAAUACAGGGAGAACAGGGUGAAUCUGGACUCAGUUAUCUGGUGCACCUGGCCAGGAUUAUCGGCACUAGGAACCGAGGCCGGGCUGAAGUUUACUACAAUGGUGUCUGGGGGACCAUCUGUGAUGACGGCUGGGACAAUUCAGAUGCCACCGUCUUCUGCCGCAUGCUGGGCUACUCCAGUGGAAUAGCCAUUACCAAAAUACCACCUGGCAGUGGGGAAAUCUGGCUGGAUGACGUUGCCUGUCGAGGGACAGAGAUAAGCCUCUGGAGUUGCCAAAAAAGCAACUGGGGCUCUCACAACUGCAACCACAAUGAGGAUGCUGGCGUGGAAUGCAGAUGACCCCCCACAGCCCCUCCACCAUGCUGUGCCCAAGUGUCUGCAGACAUGGACA